AUGCCACUUGAGAAAGUUUGUGUGUAUGCUGUUGCUGACGUCAAAAUCUAUCACGACGUGAAAACAGCUUGCACUCAUUUGGGCGGAAUUCCGAUCAAAAUUGAGAGCAUUCUCGAGAAUGCUUUCGCCUUUUCGAGAAUUGAGGAGUUUCACGGAAUCGGCGGCUACAUCGGUGUGGUGAAACAUUUGAACGGAGAUUGGACAUACGCUGAUGGCACCGUGUUGAAAUAUCAAAAUUGGGCUCCAAAUGAGCCAAAUAAUAAACCCCUCUUCGACUGUACUCAUAUGGAGCCAACAACAGGAAAAUGGGAAUCAACUGAGUGUUUCAUUCCGAGACCAUACUUUUGCUCGGUUCAUGUU